CGCAUAAUUAGGUUGAGUUCUUCUCUCAGACUGAAAGCACUCUGUUCUACCUUGUUAUAUACUGUGCUUUUAAACUCCAUAUACCUUCAUUGGAAUCAUUUGAAUAAUUUCAGACCUGGAAUUUCCAAUCUCUACAGAACAAAAGGUAAAAGGUAGCUGUUAACUUGAAAAUAACCGCUUCAUGACAUCACAAGGAGGAACAGAGCAUUUUGAGCUUUGGAAAUGUAGACAAACUAAUAAUAAAGAAUUACUCAGACAUGUGUGAAUGAAACAAAACACAACUCCAGGUAUGUUUAUGACGAGAUAACAUUAUAACAUGGCUCAAAGCUCACAAAAGUCAUUAUGUGUAAUAUAGGACCUUUAAUUGCUGCAUAAUUCUUUCUUAUUUGCUUACACCUCAGUGCGCAUGUGUUGAAAUCCAGUGAAUUAUUGAGAAGCUUUAUGAGAAAGUCCUUAUACUUUUGCUCCACCAGGGCUGAUCCCAGGUCAGUGUAAUGGGCUCACCUCGAUCACAGCACUUGCCUGAAUACCUAUCCCAGAACAGGUCUUUUGAUGGGGACCGUAACCUGAUCUAAUGGGUGAAAUCAGACCUAGUGGGUGACACAGCAAGAAGCAGGACAACUUUCUAGACAAUUGCUCAAACAUGGAACGCAUGGAAGAACCUACACAUGAUCCAACCAUAAGGUCUAAAGGUCCUGCCUGCUCCUUGGAGUGACUCCACCUGAGAGAGAGAGGCACGACAGCUGCCCCUCCAGCUCCUCCAUCUCCCCAGCUGCUCCAGCUCCUCCAGAGAUCAGGGAACGGGCCCAACUUCACCCCUGCACCUCAUCCACAAGGACGACGGAAUCAAAACAGGAUUCUUCACUGGGAUAGCAACAUAUUGGCUGCAGAUAAGGCCACAAUGGACAGCCACAUCACUCAAAUUUCCCGUGAGGACCUUGAAGACCUCAGAGAUGCUUUCAAUAAAAUCGACAUCGAUAACAGUGGGUACGUGAGUGACUUUGAGCUGCAGGAGCUGUUCCGAGAGGCCAGUUUCUCAAUCCCUGGAUACAAAGUAAGAGAGAUCAUGGAAACCUUCAUCGCAGGAGACACCAACAAGGACGAGAAGAUCAGCUUUGAGGAGUUUGUCUCUAUCUACCAGGAGCUGAAGAGCAAACAGAUCAGUGAGACCUUCAGAAAGACCAUCUCCAGGAGGGACGGAAUCCGCUCGUUUGGGGGUCUGUCUGGGAACUCCUGUGAGGGCACACAGCACUCGUACUCAGAGGAGGAGAAGGUCGCGUUUGUGAAUUGGAUCAAUAAAGCUCUAGCCAAAGACCCAGACUGUGAGCACCUUCUGCCCAUGAACCCAGACAAUGAGAGCCUGUUUGCCUCUGUACGGGACGGCAUCCUCCUCUGCAAAAUGAUAAACUUUUCCCAGCCUGACACCAUUGACGAAAGAGUCAUCAACACAAAGAAACUGACCACUUUCAAAAUGACGGAGAACUUGGUGCUGGCCCUGAAUUCUGCAUCCGCGAUCGGUUGCACUGUGGUCAGUGUCGACGCCCAUGAUCUGAUGGCUGGGAAACCCCAUCUGGUGCUGGGCAUGCUCUGGCAGAUCAUCAAGGUCGGACUUUUCGCUGAUAUAGAAAUCAGCAGGAACGAAGGUCUGGUCUGUCUGCUGAUGGAUGGAGAGCAGUUGGACCACCUCCUGUCCUUGUCCCCAGAGGAGCUGCUUCUGAGAUGGGUCAACUACCACCUACGCAACGCUGGCACCCAGACCAUCAGCAACUUUAGCGAGGACAUCAAGGACUCCAGAGCUUACUUCUACCUGAUGGACCAGAUUUCACCAAAAGGAGAUGACUACAGAAUUAGCGUCAGGAUUGACAUGAGCGGCAUUAAUGAGCAUGACUUGAACCGUCGUGCAGAGCUGAUGCUGCAGCAGGCCGCACGUCUGGACUGUCGCCAGUUUGUUUCUCCUCGGGACGUGACUUCAGGAAACAGUAAACUCAACAUGGCCUUUGUCGCCAACCUCUUCAACAACCACCCUGCCCUGGAGAGAGGGGGCAUGAAUGGGCUGGAUAUGGGCCGAAUCGAGGCUGAAACAAGAGAAGAGAAAACCUUCCGUAACUGGAUGAACUCUCUGGGCGUUUCUCCAAACGUCAACCACCUGUACUGGGACCUGUGUAAUGGUUUGGUGAUUCUGCAACUUUUAGAAAAGGUUAAAGUGCAUGUAAACUGGAGGAAAGUCAACCAGCCUCCAUAUCCUGCACUGGGUGGCAACAUGAAGAGGCUUGAGAAUUGUAACUACGCUGUGGAGCUGGGCAGAGAUGUGGCACACUUCUCUCUGGUCGGAGUCGGAGGUCAGAACAUAAACGAAGGGAGCCCCUUGCACAUACUGGCCCUGCUGUGGCAACUCAUGAGAAGAUACACGGUGCUGGUGCUGUCUGAUCUCGGGGAUGGGGAGCGUGUCGGGGACAAUAUCAUCCUGGACUGGGUCAACACCACACUGGGCCCCCAACUUAAAGACUCACAGAUCAGCAGCUUCAGGGACAAAAAGAUCAGCACCAGUCUGCCUGUUAUUGACCUGAUUGAUGUCAUCGCUCCUGGGACUGUCAAGUGGGACAUGGUGCAGAAAAGUGAGAAAGGAAGAAGCUUGACCAAAGAAGACAAACUCAACAAUGCCAAGUAUGCAGUGUCACUGGCUCGUAAGAUUGGAGCUCGGGUCUAUGCUCUUCCUGAUGAUUUAGUGGAGGUGAACCCCAAAAUGGUCCUUACAAUUUUUGCUUGUCUCAUGGGCCAUGGCAUGAAAAAGACCAGCCGCUGAAGCAUGGACCUUACAUGGAUAUUACAACUCCCACAAUGCCUCUCCUUGUCCUGCAGCUUUGUGACACACCAACAUACAUACAAUUAACAUAUAUUUUUCCAUUACUGUAAAUUAUUGCAUAUUUAAAUGUACACUAAUACAAAAAUACAGCUACAAAAUAAAUAUAAAAUGUAGACAUUCAAACACCAUCAUUUUAUUGUAUAUUGCAAAUCUUAUUUUUUCUUUGAAGUAUUAUAAUGUAUAUUUU